AAACAGCUGGCAGAUGUCACGAUUACUUCCACUUCCAACAAAGUAGUUCAACAAUACGUUUUCACUUUCUCGUCGACGUUUCUGCAGAUUUUGUCGAAAGGAUUUUAUAUUUAUAAGGGAAAAUGGCAGAUUACUUGGACGCCGAAGCAGAGGAGAGUGAAGAAGAGGAGGAACUCGAUAUCAAUGAAAGGAGAAAGCUUAAAAAGUUAAAGGCUAUGCAGGAUAGCGACGACGAGGAAGAUGAUGACGAAGGGGAAAUUGAUGGGCUUAUUGAUGAUAAUCCAAUUGAUGAUGACAAUGAUGGUGAGGAUAGCGAUGCAUCAGGUUCUGGGAAACGUAAAAAAAGUGAUGAUGAAGAUUUUGAUGACCGUUUGGAAGAUGAAGAUUACGAUCUACUCGAAGAAAAUUUAGGAGUCAAAGUUUCAAGGAAACAUCGUUUUAAGCGUCUGCGCAGAAUACAAGAUGAAGAAUCAGAAGGAGAAGAAGAUGGAGAGACAGAUGAAAGGAACGCUAUUGCUAAUGAAUUGUUUCAAGGGUCUGGAGAUGAAGAUGAGGAAAGAAGUGAAAUUAGUCAUAGACCAGAAGUGGAAGCAUUUGAUGAAGAGGAAAGUGAAGAUGAAGAUGAUUUUAUUGUAGAUGGUGACGGAUUACCCAUAUCUGAAAGGAAGAAGAAAAAGAAACAUAUUUUUUCAGACGCUGCUUUGCAAGAAGCUCAAGAUAUAUUUGGUGUCGAUUUUGAUUAUGACGAAUUUGGGAAGUAUGGAGAAGAUGAAUUCGAAGAAGAAGAGGAUGAAGCAGAAGAUGAAUACCUUCAAGAAGAUGGAGAAGACCGACCAAGACGAUCAAAGAAACAUUUUAAGAAAAAAAGCACAAAGAAGAGCAUUUUUGAAAUAUAUGAGCCUAGUGAACUUAUACGCGGACAUUUUACUGAUGUGGAUAACGAGAUUCGUACUACAGACAUUCCUGAACGUAUGCAACUUCGUACUACUCCAAUUACACCAACAGCUGAAGGUUCAGAUGAAUUGGAUCUUGAGGCAGAGUGGAUAUACAAGCAAGCAUUUUGUCAACCGACAAUUUCAGUACAAGAUUCUCAUUUAAAUGAAGAAGCCAAAGAAAGAGCUAAAAAGGGCCCACAAACUGUCGGAAAAAUUAAGAAAUCUUUGGAUUUCAUGCGUAAUCAAAAUUUUGAAGUUCCUUUCAUUUCAUUUUAUAGGAAGGAAUAUGUUUUACCGGAAUUAAAUAUCAAUGAUUUGUGGAAAAUAUAUAAAUUCGACACAAAAUGGUGUCAACUUAAGCAAAGGAAAGAGAGUUUAUUGAGAUUAUUUGAAAAGAUGAGAAAUUUUCAAUUGGAUGAAAUUAUGAAAAAUCCUGAUGCUCCAUUACCUGAUAACAUACGACUGAUUAAAGAUGAUGAUCUUGAACGGCUUGAAAAUGCUCAAACUUUUGAAGAAGUGAAUGAUAUUUAUCAGCACUUUAUGCUUUAUUAUAGUCACAAUAUUUCGGCAAUGCAGGAAGACAUUCGUAAAAAGGAAAAAGAAGCACGGAAGAAAGCUAGAAUUGAAAAAAGAAAACAACAAAUUGCAGCAGCUGAGGAAAAUGGAAUUCUUCUAGAAGAAAAUAUCGAUGUGGAAGAUGAUGACGACGAUGCGGACGAUGGAUUAAAACAGCCAAUUAGAAAAGGUCCUUAUUCUCUGUGUAGAAAAGCUCGUUUAGAUGGACUUGCUAAAAAGUUUGGCCUUACACCGGUACACUUUGCCGAAAAUCUCCGAGAUAAUUAUCAACGUCACGAAGUAGAGCAAGAACCAACAGAACCAACUGUAGCAGCCGAAGAAUAUUGUUCAGAUAUUUUUAAAACAAACGAAGAAGUGCUUAGAGCUGUGCAAUUAAUGGUUGCGUUUCAAUUGGCACAUGAGCCGUUAGUACGUAAAUGCGUUAGAGAAAUGUAUAUGGAAAGAGCAAAGUUGUCUGUAAGACCAACCAAAAAGGGGAUAAAGGAAAUUGACGAAGGUCAUCCCAUUUUUACAUUAAAAUAUCUGAAAGACAAGCCUGUGCGAGAUCUUGUUGGAGAUCAAUUUUUAAAACUAAUUAUAGCAGAAGAAGAAAAAUUAAUUACAAUUUCCUUCAGUGAUAUGAUAGAAGGAAAUACGACCAAUAAUUAUAUCGACGAAAUAAAACAAUUAUACUACAGGGACGAAUUUAGUAAAAGCGUACAAGAUUGGAAUGCAUUGAGAACUGGCAGUGUUGAAAUAGCUUUAAACCGUAUCGUAAUACCACAUCUAAAGAAAGAAUUGCGAUCCAUUCUUACAGUAGAGGCAAAAGAAUGCGUUAUGAAAGCUUGUUGCCGCAAAAUGUAUAAUUGGAUCAAAAUUGCUCCAUACAGUUGCAGAUUCCCAGAGGAAGAAGAUGAAGAUUGGAAUACCAGUAAAGGAAUCCGAGUGAUGGGUUUAGCUUAUGUAUCUGAUCCAUCUGUAUCUGCUUUUGCGUGCAUAAUUGCUCCAGAUGGAGAGUGUACUGAUUACCUGAGAUUAUCUCAUUUAUUAAAACGCAAAAACAGUUUUAGAGAAAAUGAAAAAAUGAUGAAGGAGGCCGAUUUAUUAGCAAUUAAGAAUUUCAUUGCUACGAAAAAACCACACGUUAUUGUGGUAAGCGGUGAAUCUAGAGACGCAUUAAUGAUAGUAGCCGAUAUAAAGGAAUGUCUUACCAAUUUAGCAGAAGAGGAACAAUUUCCUAACAUACAAGUUGAGAUAUGUGAUAACGAGUUAGCGAAAGUUUAUGCGAACAGUAACAAAGGUACAUCUGAGUUUAGAGAUUAUCCAGAUUUAUUGAGGCAAGCUAUAUCUUUGGCAAGAAGAAUGCAAGAUCCUCUAUUAGAGUUCUCUCAAUUGUGUACUGUAGACGAAGAAAUAAUGUGCCUUAAAUAUCACCCUUUGCAAGAUCAAUUACCAAAAGAAGAUCUUAUAGAAAAUUUAUACUUGGAAUUUAUAAACCGCGUGAACGAAGUAGGAGUAGAUUUAAAUCGAACAGUUCAAGAGCCUUACACAGCGAACUUAUUACAAUUUGUAUGUGGUUUAGGUGCCAGAAAGGCACAAUCGCUGAUUAAGAUCCUAAAGCAAACUAAUCAGAGACUAGAGAACAGAACACAACUUAUAACUGCUUGUCACAUGGGCCCUAAGGUGUUCGUUAAUUGUGCUGGUUUUAUUAAGAUAGACACAAAUAGUUUAGGAGAUAGUACCGAAGCGUAUGUAGAAGUCUUGGAUGGUUCACGUGUACAUCCAGAGACGUACGAAUGGGCAAGAAAAAUGGCGGUGGACGCGCUAGAAUACGACGACGAAGAUGCAAAUCCUGCCGGUGCGUUGGAAGAAAUACUUGAAUCUCCAGAAAGAUUAAAAGAUUUAGAUCUGGAUGCCUUCGCUGAAGAGCUUGAAAGACAGGGUUUUGGAAACAAGUGCAUUACCCUUUACGAUAUAAGAGCUGAAUUGAAUUCUAGAUACAAAGAUCUCCGUGUACCCUAUCAACCUCUAGAUACGGAGAAAUUAUUUGAUGUUCUGACGAAAGAGACCCCAGAAACGUUUUAUGUUGGUAAAUUGGUCAUGGCGACAGUCGUUGGAAUAAGCCAUAGAAAACCACAGGGAGAUCAAUUAGAUCAAGCAAAUCCUGUUAGAAACGACGAGACUGGUUUAUGGCAAUGUCCAUUCUGUUUGAAGAACGACUUUCCAGAAUUAUCGGAAGUAUGGAAUCAUUUCGAUGCCGGUGCAUGUCCUGGAAAGGCAACUGGAGUUCGUUUGAGAUUAGAUAAUGGAGUCUCUGGCUACAUUCACGUAAAAAAUUUAUCGGACAAACACGUCAAUAAUCCAGAGGAAAGAGUGCAUGUUGGUCAAGUGAUCCAUUGUCGCAUAAUAAAAAUAGAAGUGGAUCGAUUUAGCGUCGAAUGUACUAGUAAAUCGAGCGAUCUUGCUGACAAAAAUCGCGAAUGGAGACCUCAAAAGGACGUCCACUAUGACCUAGAGGCAGAAGAGAACGAUACAAAAGUUGAAGAAGAAACAAAAAAAACGCAACAAAGACAAACUUAUGUAAAGCGUGUUAUAAUUCACCCCAGUUUCCAUAACAUUAGCUUUGCAGAAGUUGAAAAGCUAAUGCAAACAGUGAAACAAGGGGAAACUAUAAUACGUCCGAGCAGUAAAGGAUCGGAUCAUUUGACAGUGACGUGGAAAGUCACGGACAAAAUUCAUCAACAUAUCGAUAUAAGAGAGGAGGGCAAAGAGAACGCAUUUUCUUUAGGCCGCAGUUUGUGGAUUGGCAACGAAGAGUUCGAAGAUCUAGAUGAAAUAAUUGCAAGACAUAUUAAUCCAAUGGCCGCGUAUGCCUCCGAACUUUUAGAUUUUAAAUAUUACAAAUCACACGUGGAAGGUAUUAAAGACAAAGCGGAAGAAAUAUUGAAAGAACAGAAAAAACAAAAUCCUGGUGGAAUACCGUAUAUUCUAUCCGCUGCUAAAAAUUAUCCUGGAAAAUUUUUACUUUCGUAUUUGCCACGGGUUCGUUGCCGCCAUGAAUAUAUCACCGUAACACCAGACGGAUUUCGAUACAGAGGUCAAAUGUUUAGUAGAGUGAACGACUUAUUCCGUUGGUUUAAAGAGCAUUUUAGAGAUCCUAUACCUGGUCAAUCUACGCCUGGUACACCACAUGGAGGCAUGACAUCCAGAACACCAUUCAGUGGUACUCCAGGAAUUAAUGGAGUGAAUCCAGAUGCGAUACAGAAAGUAGCCCAGAAUAUGCCACAUCACAUGUUACAUUCUCUCUCGAAGGUAGCAAGCCAAACUCCGCAUAAUUAUCCACCGUGUACACCAGGAACUGCCAGUGUUAAUAAUUAUGGUGGAAUUUAUGGAAGCACACCUUACACGCCUUCAGGCCAGACACCAUUUAUGACUCCGUAUCAUACGCCACAUCAUACACCUCACCAUCCUCAGACUCCGAGUCAUAAUCAAGGACAGUUCUUACAACCAAUCCCAACCGCAACAAAUUCAAAUUCGCAUAGACCUGCUAGAUCUCAAAGACCCGUUUCAUCGGACGCAACGAAUUGGACAAAGGCUGCGGAAGCUUGGGCUCGUGCAAAGCAAACUCCUUCGAAAAACUUUAACAGUACUCCAAGAUACGACGAUUCUAGAAGAACGCCACGGAAUCAAGAGACUCAAAAUGAAAGAACAACUCCACGGAAUAAUAGAAUCCCAUCUGUUCGUACUCCGUCUUACAGAUCUCCCAAAGGGACUCCGUUUACGAAUUCUAGUCCUCGGAGUAUGUCAAUAAGCGGAGAUGCCACUCCUUUGUAUGAUGAAAAUUGGUAAAGACAAUAUGUUCUACGUAUGUGUAGGACAAUUAGUUACCUAAAACUGUACUCUGUUCUAUGAAAAAAGAUCCGAGUAAACUGACACAUAAUGAAUGAUCUUUCGUUUGCCCGUUGGCAUAGGUCAUUUUCUACAAUAUGAAGUAUUUAUUACAAGUACAAAUUUUUGGGAGGAAUUUUUUCCAGAAUUUUAUUACGAAUUAUCAAUCAUAACUCGGUACAGAAAUCUUUAAGUUACGCGAAACAUAAGAACAGAAUCAAACGAUUCGUGUAAUAUAGAUUUUGUAUUUCAUUGUAGUGAAACAUUCUCUUUUUUUUUUCGUAGAAAUGUUCAACAUUCUCUUUUUUUUUUAUGUAACGUAAUAUUUAGAACAUUCUACCUCAGUAAAAUUAUACAUUUAAACGGUUGAUGUUAAAAAAAAAACGCCUAUACAGUUUUGCUCAAUACAUCAUAUUACGAUUUAGUUUCAUAAAUUAUGACAUUCAGAUACAAAGAUACUGCCCUAAUUAUUAAGUAUGCAUAAGUUUUAUUUCUACAAGAAAUUAUUUGAUACAAAUGUAUUACUAUAAGCAUAUGCAAUUUUGACAUAUAUUUUACUAUGAAAGAAUAGUAAUAUUAAAUAUAUACUAAGUAAAACGUU